AUGCUUAAAGAGAUGUUCCCUGAAGCAUGCAAACAUUUUAGAAUAUUUAGCAAAAUAGAAAAAGACGCGUACGCCCUUGUCAAAACUAUUCUGCAAAAGAGAAAUUACCAACCAUGCGGUAGACACGAUUUCAUCGAUCUUCUUCUGGAAAGUAAGCAAAAAGGAAAAAUGGUUGGUCAAUCUAUAGAAUCAGUAAAGUCGAAUGGCAUGCCUGAAGAAGUAUCUUUGGAGUUGACCGAAGAAUUAAUGAUGGCUCAGAUUGUAGUUUUCUUCGCUGCGGGAUUCGAAACUUCAUCUUCCUCAACCAGUUAUACGCUGCAUGAACUUGCAUACAAUCCUGAGGAACAGCGAAAAGUGCAAGAAGAAGUCGACAGAGUUUUAGCGAAAUACGAUAACAAGCUAUGCUAUGAUGCGGUUUCUGAAAUGACUUACUUACAUUGCGCUUUCAAAGAAGGCAUUCGAAUGUUCCCAUCGUUGGGUCACUUAGUAAGAAAAUGUGCCCGCAAGUACACAUUCCCCGACUUGGACCUGACUAUAGACGAGGGCGUUUCACUAUUUAUACCAGUGCAGGCGUUGCACAUGGAUCCGCUGUAUUUCGAGGAGCCCGAGAAAUUCAAGCCAGGUCGUUUCUUAACGGAUUUCAUUAACCCAUUGACCAAACAUAUAUAUUUACCAUUUGGAGAAGGUCCCCGGGCAUGUAUUGGUGAGAGACUGGGUCUGAUGCAGUCAUUGGCUGGUAUGGCGGCGGUGCUGUCGCGCUACUCGGUUGAACCCGCGCCGGAAACCUUGCGCCAUCCUAGG